UCCAACCCCCUCUCUCGCCCGACCCCGUAAAAGAAAACAAAGGUGAAAGAAACCCUACAUCUGUCGCCGCUCUGCUAGCCGCCGUCGGCAACCUCGUCCGAUCUCGUUCGCCGCUGCAGCUCGUCCGCCACUGCAGCUCCUCUAAACCCUAAAACUCUUCCACCGCUAUAACUCCGUCUGCUGCUACCGCGGUCGAUGGCAACCUCUUCCAUCGCCGUCUUUCGCCGCCUUCGCACGCUCUGUCCGACGCUGCAGCUCCGUCCGCCGUCGUCGACAACGUCGUCUGCUACCUUCGUCCGCCACUGCAGUUUCAUCCGUUCGCAGCUGCACGAGCUGGGGCCGGUGACAACACGCACGAUUGCAACUCAAGCAGUUAGAAGUUGGAUGAAGGGUGUUAAUAACAUUCAUGAGAUCACAAGAACGAAUCUCCAAGCUUCUCAAAUCAGAUUUGGAACAUGUGGAAUUUCAGGUCACAAAUACUCGUAUACACUAAAUUUGAGGUGUGCCUUCAGUUCAAAUAUAAGCCAGUUGCCUGUCAUUACUGACCCUGAUAUAGAAGCUGCAAUGAAGGAUUUGUUGGCGAUUAACUGGGAUGAAAUUCCGGACUCUGUUAUAAGGGAGACAAAGAAGGCUCUGUCAAAAACCACUGAAGAUAUAGCUGGCCAAGAGGCUUUGGCAAAUGUAUUUCGUGCAGCUGAGGCAUCUGUGGAAUUUAGUGGGGUAUUGGUAUCCCUUAGAAUGGCACUUGAUGAUUUAUGCGGCUUAAGUGGUGAGAAUGUUGGUCAUCUGCCAGAGCAUCUGGAAGAUGCCAUAAGAGCUUCAUAUAAACGAUAUAUUACCUAUUUGGAUUCAUUUGGUCCUGAUGAGACCUUUUUGAGGAAAAAGGUUGAACUUGAAUUGGGAACAAAAAUGAUACACUUGAAAAUGAGAUGCAGUGGAAUUGGUUCUGAGUGGGGAAAGGUUACGCUUCUUGGCACCUCUGGGCUUUCCGGGUCCUAUGUGGAGCUCAGGUCAUGAGAAGCGAUUCUGAGAGCACUUUUGGAUGGCUUUCCAUUCUGUUGCAUGUUGUCAUGGCCAUUGUUGGAUGUGUGGUUGUCUCCUUUCUAUCGAAGUACUAACUACCUGCAAGAAAUAAAGGACAUUUCGUAAUAAAUAAAUAUGAUCAGUACGAUAUGCAAUAUGUUAGUCAUUUGCCUGACAUAUUCUCAUUAGGUAUGAGUCCUUUCUAUCGAAGUAUAACUGCCUGCAAGAAACAAAGGACAUCCUUUGUCUACCUUGAUCGUUCAGGAUUCUCUUUCCUAAUAAAUAAAUGACUUGCUUUUUUAUAU